AUGGCAUGCGAGCGUGGUGGAAAUUAUAGAUCCUUGAAGAACUCGACAAAACUUACAGGAUCUAAGAAAUGUAAUUGCCCAUUUCGAUUGAAAAGAAUGAAAUUGGAAACCAAUGAUGAUUGGAUGAUCAGGGUUCUUAGUGGAAUUCAUAAUCAUCCAGCAACAGUUUACAUGGAAGGUCAUUCGUUUGCUGGCAAACUCUCAACUGAGGAAAACAAUAUUAUGAUUGAUAUGUCAACGAAUUUGGUAGAGGCACGCAACAUAUUGUCUACACUAAAGAGCAAAGAUCCAGAGAAUGUCUCCACUAUAAAAAAAUCUACAAUGCUCGCCAAAAGUAUCGAGUUGUACAAUAUAAUAUAUGGUAAGGAAAUCAUGAAAAAAAAAUCAAGAACCUUAAGAUGCAAAAGACUAGUUUAUGGAAGAAAACACAAUAUAAUAGAAGCAAAGAUUAUUCAUCAAUUAAGUGUAAAGUUGCAAGGCCAGGUUACAAUGAAAGCCCAGAACGAGGCCCAUAACACCACAGGCUCAAGCAAUAAGGUCCGUUCCUAA